GAAGCAUGGCCCCAGAGCGCCCCAUAACGCCGCCGUGCUUAAUGGCUGCACGAAGUGCUCCUUCGAGUCCUGUAUCAACAACGCAAAAUCAUCAACAACUCUACCAGUAUCAAAUCGCCAGCCCGGACGGCAUCAGGAUUCACCUGCAAGAUUCUUCCGACCAAGAGGAAUAUAAUGGUGUAGAAACUAGGGAAGUGAGAGUAGAGACAAGCCCUGAUGAUGAUCUUACUUCUUUGUCCUGGUUGCACGAUAGGAAUCUCUUGAAAGAAAUAAAUUUAACCUCCACACCUACCACAAGAACUGUUAUACUGCACCAAAAUGUAACUCAUUCAACAAGAACUUUUCAACAUCAUAAUAGUAUGAAUAGUAAUAAUGGAGAUGCUAGUAGCACAGGAGAGUCACCAACAAGCGAUUUUGAAGAUAACAGUUAUAUUUCUGAAGACAAUACAAGAAAUUCAUCUGAUCAUAGCAUCAUAGCCGGAAAUAACAAUAGUUCUAAUAGCAAAAAUCACAACCUUGACAAUAUAUAUGAAUAUCAACAGAAACAAUUUCACAGAAACAACGGAAAUAGCAAUAGUGAUUACAGUUCAAGCAAUCAACAUAGUCCAAUUCGCACAAUAAAACCAUCACCAACAAAGAAUAAACACCCCAGCAGUUUACCUUAUGAUCCAUUGGUUCAUACAACCAGCAAACCUCCAUAUAGCUUUUCCAGCUUAAUAUUUAUGGCCAUAGAAGAUAGUCAAGCAAAAGCUCUGCCAGUAAAGGAAAUUUACAUGUGGAUUGUGUCACAUUUUCCAUAUUUUCGUGAUGCUCCUACUGGAUGGAAAAAUAGUGUCAGACAUAAUCUCUCACUGAACAAAUGCUUCCAAAAAUUGGAGAAAGCUCCAAAUCUAGGAAAAGGUUCCCUUUGGAUGGUAGAUGAGCGCUUCCGACCUAAUUUAUUACAAGCAUUGACACGUUCACCAUUUCAUCCUUGUUCAGCAUUAGAGAAUAUUAACUCUAACCCGCAACACAAUUCAAAUAAUGGUAUUGGAACUGCUACUAAUGGUAAUACUAGACUGACAAGCACAACCGUUGUAUCAAAUGGAAAACAUAGCAAUAAUAGCCUUACCAAUGGAAGCCCAGUAAAAGACGGAAAGAGUUUGUCGCACAUGCCAAAUCCCGAUCUUUUCCCAUACCUUUCGCGGCGUUUGGCGGCCGCGGAUCAGCCCAAUGAAGACAAUCAACCGAACAACAGCACACAUUAUAAUAAUUCUAGCCAAUCGCAAAGGCAGCACACCGAGUAUAAUCAUGACAAGCGAGAAAUGUGGACUUCUGAAGAAUUUGAAGAAGCAAACGCAGCCGCGGUCAUGGUUGCACUCAAACAUGGUCGACUUGGAUUACCUGGGGAUGUUCCUAUAAUAACGAGUAGCCCGUCGGAGGAUCACACGUACAGUAGCGUUGGCCUGGCAUCGACGCCACAAAAACAACACACAGCCGCCCUAAACUCACCCGAUGCCGCUUACGAAACUGAUGACAG